AAGAUGAAAGAAGAGGGUACCUAAAACCCACCGAAGCUGUUAUUCUUUCAAAACCACCAAAUAUUUGCUUGUCUCCAGCGGUGUGGAAAACCACGUCCAAAAAAAUUUUCAGUUUUGGUUGUGUUCUCUUUCUCCUGCAAGGGGAGAGACCCCCAAUCACCCAUUUGGCGUCUCCACCUGACCCUCUCUCUCUUCCUUUGUCUUCCCUUCCUCCUUUGCCUCUCCUUGUUUGUUCUUCUUUUCUAAAUUUCUAGCCUUCUCUUCUUUCUUGUUCAAGAAAUAAAUGUAAGAGAAAAGAUCAUUCAUUAUUUAAAUAAUUACCGGGAACGCACUUAGUUUUCUACCAAAGAAAUAAGCCAUCUUGCAAAACAAUCAUCAGAGAAAAUCACCAAUCUCACCACGGGAAGCAAAUUCUGUAUUCGAUCUCUGUUUGUGAGAAUCCAAAAGUUCUCCCCAACAUUGAAGAUGAAGGUGAAGAGAAGGAACGCUGAUGAUUGUGCGAGGACGAAAGCAAACGGGGUUGUAGCAUCUUCCUUUCGGGUUGCCUGUCCUGCUAUGAACCGGGAGCCUCGGAAAUCGGUCGAGCCUGUCGACGCUGGAUCCUGUAAGAAGAGACCCUUAUGUGAAUCUGGUGUUAGGAUGGUCAAGUUACGGUGCGAUGAUCAGCUGAGAGCAACGAAGAAGGUCCCUCAAAAUCUUAAUUGUGACCAAAUCGGUGGUCUCUCUACUGCAAAGCUUCACAGUAAAUGCUCCUCAUUACAGGAGAUGCACGCAAACAUGAAUGAUCACAGAGACAGCUAUUUUCUUGGCCGGGAGUUGACUUAUCUUCAGGAGCCAAUUAUGGAGUCUUCUGUAUUGAGAACCAGGAAGAGAACCUCUAGGCUUCUGUCUUCAUCAUCUAAUGUUGAAAAAACCAUGGGGGCUUACACAAAAGUGAUCACAACAGGAAAAGUGGGUGGAUCAAAAGAACUUUUCCAGGAAAGGCCCUCAAAAUUGUUAAAAAAGGCUGGCUUUCAUCACUCUUCAGUUGAAGGCUGAAACUGUUGAACACCAGAGGUGUCAAAUUUAUGUGAUACAGAUCUAGAAGCCUUUAAAGGUUCCAUGUUCCAAUCCUUUCUUUUAUGACACCCAAAUAUUGCAGAUAAAUCCAUUUCUUUACCCUAAAUUAUUAUGUUAAGUGCUUCUUUCUUUUUGUUAUAAGAGAGAGUAUGUAACUCUAUCUCUGCUGCUUUGCAAAAUUGAGAAAACAAAUGCUGCAUACAGUAAACAUACAUUGAUGACGGGGUAUUCAUGUUGCCAAGUGAAAGAAAAGAACUGGCCCAACUAUGUUUACUUCAUAAUGUCGGAAAUUCUUGAAGUGGUUCUCCAUAUUGGAUGGGAUAACAUGCCUCAACAACAUAUUUUUUCCUGAAUUUUAGUUGCUAGAAACAGAAUUAGCAGUGAAAUCUGGAAUUUAAAAGUAGUUCUUUAAUUUGAAUACAUUUGAGCUGGCUGGUUUGUAUUGAAAUAUGAAGGCAACUGAAAAUAAUUCUAGUAUUGCUUCGCUCUGGAAGCAUGUGCUGGCUUCACUGGAGUAACUAAUGUAAUUUCAUAGUUUAUCAUUAAUUUAUCUUUCAGGACUCACUUCUCCUUUUAGUGUUUUACAACUCUUUCAUUAAUUUUUUUUUUUAUGUUUUCAUGAAAAAGGUUAAGUUAAACUUAUUACACCGUGCGUCUGGAAUUUGCUUUUGAAAUAAUCUCAUCGAGGAGAAGAAACUUCUGCUCCAUGCAUUAUAAGGUUUGGUUUCAGAGAGUGGAAGUAGCACUAACUGAUGACAUGCUAUCUACAUAAGUUCUUACAUGCACAUUGUCUUCCAUCUGAAUGCUUCCUAUGAAGGUGCAUAUCCAGGUUCUUUCUGAAUUUCAGUGUGCUGGAGGUGGACAAACUGAGGUGGUCUCUAGACUCUCAACCUUGUAUGGAGAAGUGGGUGCCAAGGCCUCCCAGUCUCCUGUUUGGUCUCCAAGGACCUUACAUGAUGAGAUGCUUCUCUUUCUUCUUAAAACUGGUAGGAAUUACACUCUGUAAGCUUCCUUGAUUGAUAGAUUAUAUCACGAUUUAUAAGGUUUUUCAGUUUAUCUUAAUUGUUAAGUACUUCUGGCUUAACUUUAUGUAGUUUGACUCCCAAGUCCCAAUGAUCUUUCUUGUCUUGCCAUUUUGUUUGGUUGAAAAGGAUGAGAGUGAAUGUAUAUAUUAUCCCUUUUGCGCCUGGUACCUAAAAUUCUUGUUAGUUGGUGGCUUUUUGUAAUUUUAAUCCUUAAAAUAAAAGAUGUCUCCAAUCAACAACGUCAGACUAAAGUGCUUUUGUUCAUCUAAAGUUUGAGAACGGUUCCUCUUACUAAUAUGAUUAUAGCAUCAAAGUCAUCAAAGGUUAAUGGUUUUCGAUGUUGAGGUUCAAAUGUGCUUUGCAAUAUAUGAAUGUAACGGAGGCAUUCCCCUGCAGACACGUUUUGAAGGUAACAGAGCCAUUCCCCUGCAGACACCUUUUGAAGGUAACAGAGCCAUUAGUAAUCUUCAAUUGGUGAGAGAGGGUGAGACGUGCUGUCAAUACUUUUCGGUAAUCUUGCAAAAGCCUGUCCUUACAGUACGUGAAGUGCAAAGUGUUCUCUGCUAUCAAGUGGGGACUAUGAGUAGGUCUCCAACCACUGCAAUGUUUUUCCUCUCAUAAUGCCUAGGUUUCUGUUGCCAGAUAUUUAGAACUUUGAAUAUAUGGAAGGACAAAUUUUGUGAUCAUAGUAGCUUGUUAUUGAUUUAUUGUUCAGUAAACUGGCACAAGCUGUUAUUCAAAAGAGAACUUGUUGUAAGGUGAUGUAUGUAUUUUUUUCAUUUUUGUUUCUACAUUAUUGAGUUACUUUUAGCCUUGAGUAGUUUAACUGCAACAUGCUAGAAGAUUGACUUUUACCUUGAGCAUAUUGCAGCGUUGAUUUUUUCCUUAGAUGGCAGGAUGUUGCAUGGUUUCUUAUUGCAUGACAUGCUGAGGUUUGGACUGAACUUGGUUGAUGUUUCCCUGAUUGUCAUUCUUGCUUCCUCUUAUUGAUCUUGUGGAGUGGUUUAGUGCUUGACCAGAUUGGUUCAUGGACAUGAUUUGAAGGACACAUUUGGCUAGUGAUUACUGCUAUGUGAUAACCAAAAUUAUUGGAGCAGUCCUUUACCUAUUAAUCUAACAACUGUCUAUUCCUUAAUGAAAAUGGAGUUGUGCAACCAUCGAAUUUUAAGCAAUCAAAGGAAAGGUUGGAUUAAGUUAUAUCUAUUAGCUUCAGUCCUCUAGCAGUAAAACUAUUGCUUAUGCAGAGGGGGACAAUUUAAAGCAAUGGAGUCAAUUUUGAAAAUAAGCAUUCGAGGCUGCUCCUUAAAGCACUUUCACUCGUUCUGACCUGCUGCUAACAUCCUGUCUCAUGCAGUGCUUUAGUGGACCUUCAAGGAAACAAGUUUGGUGCUUAAGGCGGGUUUUGAAAGACUUUUUAACGUGGGUGAGAAGGUUGUGUGGGAAUGCUGCCAGAUUGAAGGCAAUAAAAAUUGGGAAUUUGCAGAAAUGGAUGGCCCAGCUUGAUAUUUCUGGGGAUUUUACUUCUCUUUUGAAUUGGCGUUCCUUGUCAAAAGAAACAGAUGUACUGCUGUUGCGGCUGCUCCUGCUCCUGCUCCUGCGUGAUAACGUUGUGGCAGUAACGAACUGCUAGACAGUUAUGUACAAGUGGUAGAAAAGGAUGACUUUUCUAUUGAAUAAAUUGUGGAAUCAUGUACAAAAGUAUCUUGCGUCUGUAAUUUGAGACAGACUUAGAUCCUUGUGGCCUUAGUCAAGUUGGUUUGACGAGUAGAGUUGAAACUAAUUCUUAGGA